CGUGUGGUUUUACAUUGUUGUGAAUGCGUUGUUUUCGUUUUGAUUAUCGUUUUUGCUUGUGACAGUGACGCAGCAAGGGAGCGCUUUAAUUUCCCCCGUAAAACCGUUUUGCCGUUUAUCCGUCGUCAUUGUUCCCGUCUGACUAAACGCAUCGUAAAAAUUGUGUUGAGUUUACGUCAAGCUAAAGCGUUAAUAUGGCCAGCGAGCCAGAGAACAAGCCGCCUAUAUUGCACAUUCUGGUCGUUGGUUUCCAUCACAAACUGGGCUGUCAGGUGGAGUUCUCGCAUCCACCACUAAUUGCCGGCUCCACGGGCCGCAACGAGUGUCCAUCCGGUUGGAAAUAUCUGCCGACGUUGGCCCUCCCAGAUGGCUCACACAAUUUUGUGGAGGACACAGUAUUCUUUAAUCUACCCAGUCUGUUUGAGCCGGCUGAAAGCAUAUACGGUGUGUCAUGCUAUCGCCAAAUACCCGUAGAGAAGCUAAAAAUACGCACCGCGGACGUGACUCGCAGCACCGUACAAAAGUCUGUAUGCAUCUUGGCUCGACUUCCAAUAUAUGGAUACAUUGAAGUGAAGCUGUCACUUAUUGCCGACGCCUUCUUUGACCAGGGUGAUUUUAGCUGCACUGAUCUGCUGGUGAAGGCGUAUCAGCAAUUAAACGCCUGUCUGCUGGACGAGGAGACACGCCGCCCACUUCGUCACUUUCAUGUGGGUCUCUCGCUGCGGGAGAUAGUGCUCCACUGGCGCCACAAGACACUGAUGCUGUUUAAGCUGCUGCUACUGCAGCGUCGAGUCGUCUGCUUUGGUUCGCCAGUGCGUGGCAUGUGUGUUCUGAUCUUGGGCAUGGCCUCGCUAAUUCCACGAUUACUCGAGAAGGGUUUUCAGGAGGUGGCCUGUGUGCGAACUUCUCGACCUCUCUCCCCUAUGCCCGAUUUUACAGACUCGCUGCAACGCGAAGCAGAUGCCGACGUUGAGGUUGAGGUCGAGGUCGAGGCUGAAGCAGAAGUAGAAGUCGUUCCGGAAGCGGAGGAUUUAACACUUGUAUCGUCGGCAGCAUCGGCUGGCUCUCAGUGCUGCAAUAGUAGUGGUAACACCUCACCGCACACAACUCCAAACUCACAGUCACAGUCGCAGGAUUCCAGCUGCCCGACCACAACACCAACACAUCACGAACUGCAGCGUGUGGACUCGACGGAAAGUGGCGCCAGUGCAGGCGGUAGCAAACGUAGCGGACGCAGUAGCUCAUUGACUCGCGAGGCGAGUGUAGACACAUUAGCAUCCAAUCUUGCCGCAUUAUGCGCCAUUAAUCCAGACGAGUACCGAGCACCUGUCAGCAUCUUUGCAAGCGGUAAUCUGUGCCUGCCCUACUUGUCGCUACCGUACAUGGAUCUGCUCAGCGAUCCAAUGGUGCUUUCCUAUAUCAUCGGUACCUCCAAUGUGCUGUUCCAGCAAAAACGUCAGCUGGCUGACGUACUCGUCGAUAUUGAGGCGGCCAAUCUGGAUGCGCACGAUCCGGAUUUGCGGCGACAGCUUGUGCUAAGCACUGAGGAUCUGCGCUACAUGGACUACAUAUUAAAGCACGUACAAGCCCCAAAGGAAGAUGCCGAGGGUAGCGAAUACUGGAUACGAGAACAGUUCCAGGGUUACAUACUGGCACUUCUACGCACUGCGGUAGCGCCUGAUGUCAAGGACAAUGAUCAUUUCAACACGCACUUUAUGAACGCCUUCAAACGCACACAGUGCUAUCAGGAGUGGUUUGAUGUGCGACCUGAACCCGAAUUUUUCGAUGCACUUCCCACUGGUCAUCCAUUUUCGGGCACUUUAUCCGUCGCGGACAUGAAAUUGAAGCUAGCGCAAACCAUGCAGAACAGCGAAAGUGGACGCAAAAUCAACCAGGCUGUUAAUACAACUAGUCGAGCCGUUGGCGGUGCCAUUUCUCAGGCCAAAGGGGCCUUCUCUAGCUGGUGGUCCUCCAUUACAACUGCGCCCGCAAAUAAUACAGGCCCAGCGGGCUCCAGUUCCGUUGCUGGUAGCGAUGAAAGUCAGAUUCACAACCUCAGUCACAUUGACGAGGGCAUUGACGGUGCUGCGGUGUCACAACAGCCGCAGGAGAUCUCAGUUACAUUCCAGAACCACAAGGACGAGGCGGAGUUAGAUGUGGCUGGCGUGAGCAUACACAUUUCCAGCCAGAUCGGAGAGGAUAGGCUCGAAGAAGCUCACGACUCAAGUGGUAUUUCGCCACAGAAACAACAGGGUAUUGUUGAGAUUGGCAGAGAGGCCGAGCUGUUAGAUAGGGUCACGCAUGGUGAAAAUGCAACGGCAGCGCCAUCUCAAGCACAAUCUCAAUCAUUGCGUGCUGGCUGCGGUGGUGAUCUUGCACUAUCUAGCGGGUCCACAUCCGCUGUAGAACGCAAUAACGGGGAUGUUUUCAUAGUUUAAUCAACAGUCGCACAAGAGCAGCAGCUGCAGUAGCAACAACAACAACAAUAAUAAUUAAAAACAAACAACACUGUAUAAAUUUACCUAAGCUAUACUAUGCAUACUUAUUUAUUACAACAAAAGUUUUUAUGUGCAUUUUUUUCUCUUCUGUUUUGCAUUACUCAAAUUGGCCAAAUAUUAUAUGUAUGUGUAUUCGUAUAUUUGUAAGACACCCAAAGAGCUCCCACACACCCACUCCCACGCCCAUAAAUCCAAUGUACUCGGAUUUAUAAUAAUACUAGUACAAUGUAAAGCUAUCCCGUACCAAGUACAAUUUGUUACCAUGAAUACAUGGAACCAACUUAUGUGGCAAUACCUCUGCGCAAGAAUAUCGUAUAUGCCAUCUAUAACGACACUGACAUUUAUAUAUUAUAGUAAUAUUGUUAUUACAAAGACAAUAAAGUCUUCAGAGAAGGUGAAAAGCCCAUACGAUGUUACAUUUUACUAUUGUAAAAUACGAUAUAUUCGCGCAGAUGGAACGCAGUCGAAAAUCCAAAUCUAAUCCGAUAGUAGCUCUAUCUCUCUCAUAUUGAUAUUUCAUGGGGUACUUCAAAGUCGUCAGUACAACCAGCUUCUCAGCUUAAUUACUUAUGUACCUGCGCGUACAACCCAUUGAAAGCUGUUUACAUCUUCGACUUGGAGUUACCCCAAGCAUGAAUUUAUACAUUCAUUAAAAAAUACUUAUAAACGAAAUGUAAUUAUUUUAUUCGUACGUUUCCUCAUGCAAAUUAAAACGUUAUAGAAAUUAAUAAAUAAUACAACCCAA